GGCUCUUGUGAAGAAAACACGGAAAGUGUUCGCAUCCAAUGGUGGCCUGAAAAGUCCGAACCGAAAUCGCCUUCUUGGGGUUUGGAGUUCAAAUUCAAACGGCUUCCUUCCGAAGGUGAUGGUGGUCAUUUCAGUUUGGACACUGUAUCGUUCAACUACACUGUCACGGACAGCCUAUUCCCGGAAACAAAUGAGACAGUCACUCGAUUCACGAUUAUCCAGCAGCCGCAAUUCAGCGCACCGAUUGGAUCCUUCUUCCAAUGCAUGUCGAAACAGACGUGGAAACUUUCUGAUGUCCCGGAUUUGCCCACAAACGGCUCGCAACCCGAUGUGUUCGUGAGCACUUCCAAUCUAAAGGCAGAAGCUUUCCGGGCCAGUGCGGACCAAAAUUUUGUUGGUCAAAAAUCGGAGUGUUCCGCGGACUUCGUGCCCAACAAAGUGGUUCCAAUUGUGAUCGGGGUCGCAUUGGCCGUCAUGAUUGUGAUCGCCCUGGUCACCUUCAUCGUUGGCAGUCGUCGACGCCAAAGUGGUUACCAGGAGAUCUAA